AUGAUGGACCGAUAGAAGGAAGAGCUGCUGCUUCCGCGCCUCGUCUCUCACCUGUCACCGGUGUUCAUCCGAGCCGCUCAUUCCCCUACGACACGCGCUCGGUUCGAUCCUUCACUUCAAUGAGGCUGUUCGUGAACUAUUGGAGUACUCCAGCUUCGCCACAGCAGCACCGUAGAGUAACGUUACUCCCCUCGCGCCAUGUCUCACUCUGAGAGAUGGGCAAGUUCGACGAUCACGAGAGGGUGAUCCUCAACGUCGGGGGCACGAGGCACGAAACCUACCGGACCACGCUGAAGACCCUGCCGGGAACGCGUCUGGCCCUGCUCGCCUCCGAGUCGGACCUCGAGUCGGUUCUGGACCAGCUGCAACAAGUCCCGGGCUUCAUCGAGUACAACGCGCGCAGCAACGAGUACUUCUUCGACCGGCACCCGGGCGUCUUCGCCUACGUGCUCAACUACUACCGGACCGGGAAGCUGCACUGCCCGGCGGACGUGUGCGGGCCGCUGUUUGAGGAGGAGCUGUCCUUCUGGGGCAUCGAUGAGACGGACGUGGAGCCGUGCUGCUGGAUGACCUACCGACAGCACCGGGAUGCCGAGGAGGCGCUGGAGGUGUUCGAGAUGAACGUGGACAACGACGAGGACGACGAGUACGGCAAGCGGCUGGGCAUCGAGGACGUGGUGUCCCCGGACGGUACCGUCUGCAGGUGGAGGAAGUGGCAGCCAGUCAUCUGGAACCUGUUCGAGGACCCGUACUCCUCCAGAGCCGCCCGGUUCAUUGCGUUCGCCUCCUUGUUCUUCAUCCUGGUUUCCAUCACAACCUUCUGCCUGGAGACGCACGAGGCCUUCAACACGGUCAUCAACAAGACGGAGGCGUUUCACAACGACUCCUUCACGGACUUCAGCCAGCAGUACGAGAUCGAGACGGACCCGGCGCUCACCUACGUGGAGGGCGUCUGCGUGCUGUGGUUCACCUUCGAGUUCCUGGUGCGCGUCACCUUCAGCCCGGACAAGCUGGAGUUCGUCAAGAGCAUCCUGAACAUCAUAGACUUCGUGGCCAUUCUGCCGUUUUACUUGGAGGUCGGCUUGAGCGGACUUUCCUCCAAAGCGGCCAAAGAUGUGUUGGGGUUCCUGCGCGUGGUUCGCUUCGUGCGCAUCUUGAGGAUCUUCAAGCUGACGCGCCACUUCGUCGGCCUGCGUGUAUUGGGACACACCCUCCGUGCGAGCACUAACGAGUUCCUGCUCCUCAUUAUCUUCCUAGCGUUGGGCGUUCUCAUCUUCGCCACCAUGAUCUACUACGCCGAGCGGAUCGGAGCCAGCCCCAACGACCCCACGGCUAGCCACCAUACUAUGUUCAAGAACAUCCCCAUCGGCUUCUGGUGGGCCGUGGUCACCAUGACCACUCUGGGUUACGGAGACAUGUACCCUCAGACGUGGUCGGGCAUGCUGGUCGGCGCGCUUUGCGCCCUCGCCGGUGUGCUGACGAUAGCCAUGCCGGUUCCCGUCAUCGUCAAUAACUUUGGCAUGUAUUACUCGCUAGCCAUGGCCAAACAGAAGCUCCCUAAGAAGAGGAAGAAACACAUCCCUCAGGCGGUGCAGACCGGCUCGCCGUACUUCUGCAAAACGGACCUGAGCACAGCCUGCAACAGCACGCCGGGAGAGCUGUGUUUGGGACAGAGCCGACGACUGGAGCGCCACUGCUCAGUGCUGUCUGCCGACUGCAGCGCAGGAAGUGACAUCACCAUGUCUCCGGAGGAGCGGACACACAUGCGGCACUCCAGCGUCCGUGAACAGGACCGUCACACUGAAGGGACCUGCUUCCUGUUGGCCGCCAGCGACUACACCUGCACAGCGGACGCAGCCAUUCGCAAAACAGCUACUGUAUCACCUCUGGCUGACGUACAGUUUAUAUCGGCCAGAGACGGGGAAGGCGGGGCCAGCAGAGACUCAGAUGGAUUUGAUGAAUUGGAUUGGACAGUCUGGAAUAGAAUAAGCCUGUGAUUGGACAGUUCUGAAAGCGGACGCUCUGUGAACAGUAAAGCACACUUACGGAUCUAUCGGACUGCUCACGACAUUUGGAGUUUUCCGUUUAUUUUCGGUGUGGAUGCAGACUGAAGCCAGUCGGCGCAAUGAAAAAAAAAAAUCCCGAUAUGGAUAGUGAAACGUUUCCUGCUUGAAACGAGUCGGCUCUCCAUUUAAAUGUGGCAGCUGUAUAAAGAACACACAUCCACCUGUGGCUUCCCCUCUGUGACAGGUAGCAAAUCAAACACCCCCUCGAACCCCCUUCCAAGGCCUCUGUCGUUGCAAUAAGUGUAUUAAGAUGUGUAGAGGCACAAGUGUUUAAAAAUGUAGUGUAAAAGUAUUAGUGUAUCGACUAUACUAAACUACAGAGUAGAGAGAAAGUAAACAUGAUAAGUUUAAUAAAUGUGACCUUCAGUCGUCUAUGUUUUUAUUUGCUCUAGUAUCUCUGGUGGAUUCAUUGUUGUCUGUGUGUGUGUUUGUAUGUGGGAUGUUGAUCUCAAAUGGGACACUUAAAGGAAUAGUUAAGCCAAAAAUUAACAUUUACUCACUCUCAGCCCAUCCAAGAUGUCUUCAUAAGAUUUGGAGAAAUGCCGCAUUGCAUCAGUGUCUCAGCAAU